CCCACGACCUCCAAAGUUUUGUUUGACAAGAGGGAUGAAAAUCGGAAAGGCGUCGCUGCUCGCCCAGUCCACCGUCACUCAGCGAUGAGCAUCUAUUUCCACUAAGAGAAACCACAAAUAACCCGCUUCGAACCCACCAUCUUCCUGUCCCCGCGGCCCUUCUCAGGAGGAGUCGGUAGUGGGAGGAUGCCCUCUGGGAGCUCAGGGGCUUUGGGAAGUACAACUCUUUUUUUUUUUUUUUUUAGCAGUUGAGGAAACAGGCCCGACGAGGAGGCUUGUUAGUGGCGAGUUAGUGACUUAACCAGGACCAGAUUUUAAGCUUUUGAAUUUCAUGCCAGUGUCUGAGAGUCAAAGGCGGGUUGAUCUCAGCUCCUUUGAAGUAUCCACGAGAAAGGAGCGACGGCCAGAACCAGGAGUCCAACCUCUUAGGAUGCCUUGUUUGUCAGCAGUCAUUGGAAACCGUUCCCCAGCAGUCCUGGAGGAAUUGUUUUUUUUUUUUUUUUUUUUUUUUUUUUUAAAGAAAAUAUGGCUUCAGAUUUUCGGUAAUAGGAAAAGCCCAGAUGGUGCUGAGGGGUGGGGGUCUCGAGCUCGGGGGUUCGCGUGUUAGGCAGGGUCGGGGGUGAAGGCCUGGGCCAAAGACUUGCAGGGGCGAGCCUCGAUCCUCACACCGCUCUCUUCCCCUUCCUUCCAUCCCUUGCAUGGCUGCCUGGCGAGAAACCGGGUGUGUGUGUGUGAGGGGCCGGGGGCCACGCGGACUGGCCAGAGUCCGUGCCACAACAGCCCCUCCGUAAAGUUUUCUUCUUCCGAGCUCGUGACUUAAGAUGGCAAACGCGCGUCCGCAGGCUGGCGGCCCCUAGCGGCGGCCGGCGCACUCUGCAGCGGGAGGCGGCGCCGUCGCCCCCGCCCGGGUCCGCGGGGAUCGAGUUCAGCCUCUCCCACUGCGGGAGCCGUCGGAGGCCGCGUCGGAGAAACGCGCCUCUGUUCGGGCUGGAAACGAAUCUGGGAACGUGUUUGAAGCGCGGUCAAGUUUGACUCAUCGCUUUCCAAGGACAGUUAGUGCCUUCCAUCUUCAUUAACGUGAAUAAGAACCUUGGCUGACUUCUUUCCAGAUCGAAUUUUUAAAGGCAUUGUUUGCUUGAGGAGAUCAUGCCUCUCCCCUCCCCCGCCAGCCUUUUUUUUUUUUUUUUCAAAGGCUGAGCCCAAUCCAGCCAGGAUGGCCGAGGGAUCUCUGCCCCGGGACGUGAUUUGCUGGCACUGUCUUCGAGCCGUUCUGGAAGGCUGUCUUGAGCUGAGCGUUUGGGGAGCGUCCUUUCUGCAACUCCUCUUCAGAUCUUGAUGAUAAAACACAUCCUUCUGUUUUAUUGCAUUUCCUAGAAGCUUGCAGGCUUGUAAGAGCGCUGUUGGCAGGAAACGUGAUAGAAAUGAAAGUCAGGACAUCUUGUCCCCGGACACCUCGGUUACCUAAAGCGGCUGCCGAGGCCAUCGUGUUAUCAAAUUUGCUUUUAUCCACUGUCGCCUCCCGCACCCUCCCGUCCCCCAGACAAGAGGGCGAAGAGUGUUUUUCCCUAAGAAUAAAAACAACUCAGCGGUCUGACCUCACCCCCUGCCGCCGGACCACAGUGGUGUCUACGGCCGUGCAGAGACUCUACGGAGACCGGGAGCCCCACCGCAGGGCCCCUGAUGCGGGGUUCACUCCGGCAGCUCCAGCCUUAUUAAAAUUCCUUGUCCUUGUCCCUAAACAGUGCUUUACACUUUCAAAUUCCCCUUUGGAUUUUUCAGCGAGUUAUUGGAGUUAUUAGAUUACCAAUAAUCCAACAGCCGGCCUGGCUGGAGAGUCGGGGGGAAGGGCGGAAGGCAUUCUCCAAAUCAGGAGGCUCUGGCCAAACUAGGUCAAUGGGAAGGAGGGGAGGGGCGAGAAAGGGCUGGACGGUUUCAAACCUUGAUGGAGGGCUCUCUCUAGUGUUAGGCAGCGGCAAAAACACCCUUAGGUCUGAGCUCCCGGAACCACGGGACUCCUAAUUGCCAAUAAAUGCACUUACUUGAGUUUAACUUCCCAGAUGCUCAUCCCUACCCCAUAUUAAAACCCAGCCUUCUCUUUCACCUUUAUCCCCCCGGGCGAAGGGGUGGGAAGGCCUCCAUGUAGAAUUUUGAGGCCGAAGAGGCUCAGCCUCUGCGCACCGACUCUGACCUUUCCGCUGCCGCAGAAGGGCUGAGCGGCGCAGCGUGGCGCCACUGGCUGGUUUUAGGACCUGACUGCGGCCUUGGUUGCUGAGUCUUUCGCUGUCCCCUGACCCCUAAAAGCGCACCCCGGAGCCUGCUACCGAGACCAAAUAGGACAGGGCAUCCCGGGGUUAUCAUUCCCGGGAGGGCCGCGGGAAGACGAGGCAAGUGUGGAGAGCGCCCGUGUCCGCGCAGGGGUCGGGGCUGGGCCUCUGCCCAGUCCAAGCCGGGUCUCUACGGUUUCGGGAAAAUCGGGUUCAGAAAUCCUUACGGCCCGGCAGCUCCUAUUCUGAAGACUUUGGGCGGAAACCAAGCGGAGCUGGGUUCCCGUUCUUGCCAACGUCGGCGGAAGGGGCUUUCGGUUUAGUUUUUCUCCAACCUUGGCUGGGGCGCCUUUGAUGGAGACCCUCAGCAGUAGGGAUUCCAUCUUUUUGACCUUGAAGUCUCGCCCUAACAUCCCCCUAAAAGAAGGGGGGCGAGGGAGAAUGGAAGGCAAAAAGAGGAAAAAAAGCAAAUAAACUUCGGAAUCGGGCAACUUAAAGUCACGAUAUGAGCCUCGGAUUGGAUUCCAACUCCUGGGUUCUAGUCCCAGCUCUGCUGCUAACUGACCUUCCCCGUUGAUAAACUGUUGUGGGUGAGAGGUUGGACUAGGUGAACUCUGAGAGCCCUGGACUUGGCGCAGACGAGGGAUUUAGGGGAAAGUGUGCUGUAUUCCCCGCGAGCCUUCCCCGGCGGCCCCGCCUCCCCGGGUGAAUCCCCGGCGGCCGGCGCAGCGCAGGCGGCGAUCCUGGCGGCUGCCGGGCCCGGCAGCUUCCUGGAAAGUUACUUCUCGUUGGAGCCGGCGAUAGGCAGAGCAGGUUCUGCGAAAUCCGCAGAGCCGAGAUUGACUACGUUCCGGGAAUGAGAGGGCUGUGCCAUUCCCCUCAUUGCCUGAUGUCUUGACGGCGUAACAGGAAAAAAAAAAAAAAAAAAAAAAAAAAAAAAAAAAAAAAAAGGCAUACACACCAUGUUAGCUACCGAGGUGCAUGAAAAGUUUUAUUUGAAUGUAACUAAAUUAAGGGCCGCCACAGUCAUCCCACAAAGUCUCGGUCCCGCCUUGCGGGGGGCUUGGAGGUGGAUCGCCCAGGGGCGGGCAGUCCCUGGAAGACAGGUACGGUGUCGUCGGGGUGGGGCAGUGAGGUCUGCCCAGGCUUGCCCCGGCCCGCAGGGCUCCUGUUUGUGCUCUUGUGUGUGAAGGAGAAAAUGGGGCUGCCUGGUGCCAGCCCAGGGGAGGAGGGAGGAAAAGAAUGGGGUCUUUGGUAUUGGCUAGCUCUCUGCCUCUUAACAUCGCCCCUGGCUCUUCUCUCAUUCUCUCUCUCUCUCUCUCUCUCUCUCUCUCUCUCUCUCUCUCUCUCUCUGGCUUCUGCUGCUGUCUUCUCUCUCUUUGCUUUUUUAUUUUUGGUUCCUGUUUUCUUCUUCAGUGGAAAGCUCUUUUAAUGGAUCUGCCUUCUCAAGGAGCCUAGUUGGAUAUGCACAAGGAAAGCUCCCAAGGAGCUAAAGGGAAGAAGGGAGGAGGAAACACCGAGCUCUCCCAUGGUGGUUACUGAGCCCGCGGGGGUGCGGGACGUUGGGAUGGGAAGUCCGGGUCUGGGGGCGGCGGCUGUCAGUUUCUCAUUGACAGCCCUGCUUUUCCUCGGAGAUUGUUUUUGCGGGUAGUCUUGUGUGUGGCAUUGGCGGCAGGGCUGAAUCUAGGAGAUGCGACCUGUCCAGGACUUGCUGGAAAUUGGCUUUGAGAUCUUAGGCAAGGCUUCUCACCUGGAGCUUCAGUUCCCUCCCUGAUCAAUCGGGGCUGUUAGAAGGAUACGAUGCAAUCGUGAGGGGUGGGAAAGGACCGAGAGCUGUGUACCAAAGCAAACUAAAUGCUGGUGGUGCUUCCACACCUGCGGCGUCUAGGGUGGGGGCGGUGACGGCAUUGCCCACACUCAACCCCCAGGCUCAGGAGUUGGGGGGAGGGCCUCUUAAGAAGAGCUGGCUUACAAAGGAGUGAGCUUGAUAAGGACCUGCGCCUUGUGUGUGUCUAUUUAUUUGCUUUUGGUCAGGCAGAGGCUUAAGGUGAAAAGCCCAAGUCCCAACUGACCGUGGACACAGGGGAACUUGUUUGUUUGUUUCAUUCUGCAUCUGGAGUGAGUCAUGGCCACUUGUCAUGGUGAAAUGGCAAAUCUGGGCUUCCUGUGGUUCCAGAAGCCUGUGCCUGGAAAUCCACAAGCGAGCUGGUGGUUGAAGCUGGUUAAAGAACAGCCUAGGUAUUCCAGAAGUGUUUGAGGAUCGCUUCCAUGAGGGAAGAGAGGCAAGUUUAUAAGUAAACCUCCCAUGUGUCUUCAGCUUUCUUUUGUGAAGGAGAAAAUCUUUGCAGUUUGGUUAAGACCGAGUUAGUAUAGCUGUCUUGGCCUAUCCUGAGUUGGAUGGGGAGAGGAGGGGAUAGGUUCUUUGGUCUUUUUCUGUCCUCUCCUUUCCCCACUUCCUUCCCCGCAGCCCCCACUUGCUCACAUGCACACACUAACCUUGGAGCCGAUGGGAUUGAGUGACUGGCACUUGGGACCACAGAGAAAUGUCAGAGUGUUUGGUUACAGACUCAAGGAAACCUCUCAUUUUAGAGUGCUCAUUUGGUUUUAAGCAAAAUUUUGGACUUUGAAGCAAGACAUUGGUGAAGACAAAAUGGCCUCGCCGGCUGACAGCUGUAUCCAGUUCACCCGCCAUGCCAGUGACGUUCUUCUCAACCUUAAUCGUCUCCGGAGUCGAGACAUCUUGACUGAUGUUGUCAUUGUUGUGAGCCGUGAGCAGUUUAGAGCCCAUAAAACAGUCCUCAUGGCCUGCAGUGGCCUGUUCUAUAGCAUCUUCACAGACCAGUUGAAAUGCAACCUUAGUGUGAUCAAUUUAGAUCCUGAGAUCAACCCCGAGGGGUUCUGCAUCCUCCUGGACUUUAUGUACACGUCUCGACUCAAUUUGCGGGAGGGCAACAUCAUGGCCGUAAUGGCCACAGCUAUGUACCUGCAGAUGGAGCAUGUUGUGGAUACUUGCCGGAAGUUCAUCAAGGCCAGUGAAGCAGAGAUGGUUCCUGCCAUCAAGCCUCCCCGUGAAGAGUUCCUCAACAGCCGGAUGCUGAUGCCCCAAGACAUUAUGGCUUAUCGGGGCCGUGAGGUGGUGGAGAACAGCCUGCCGCUGAGGAGUGCCCCUGGGUGUGAGAGCAGAGCCUUUGCCCCCAGCCUGUACAGUGGCCUGUCCACACCACCAGCCUCUUACCCCAUGUACAGCCACCUCCCCGUCAGCAGCUUCCUCUUCUCCGAUGAGGAGCUUCGAGAUGUCCGCAUGCCUGUGGCCAACCCCUUCCCCAAGGAGCGGGCCCUCCCGUGCGACAGUGCCAGGCCAGUCCCCGGUGAGUACAGCCGGCUGGCCUUAGAGGAGUCCCCUGGCGUGUGCCAUGGCAAUAUCUAUUCGCCCAAGGAAACAGUCCCAGAAGAGGCACGAAGUGACAUGCACUACGGUGUGGCCGAGGGACCCAAGCCUGCUGCCCCCUCAGCCCGAAACGCCCCCUACUUCCCCUGUGACAAGGCCAGCAAAGAAGAAGAGAGACCCUCCUCAGAAGAUGAGAUUGCCUUGCAUUUCGAGCCCCCCAAUGCGCCCCUGAACCGGAAGGGUCUGGUGAGUCCACAGAGCCCCCAGAAAUCUGACUGCCAGCCCAACUCGCCUACAGAGUCCUGCAGCAGUAAGAAUGCCUGCAUCCUCCAGGCCUCUGGCUCCCCUCCAGCCAAGAGCCCCACUGACCCCAAAGCCUGCAACUGGAAGAAAUACAAGUUCAUCGUGCUCAACAGCCUCAACCAGAAUGCCAAACCAGAAGGGCCAGAGCAGGCUGAGCUGGGCCGCCUUUCCCCACGAGCCUACACCGCCCCGCCUGUCUGCCAGCCACCCAUGGAGCCUGAGAACCUUGACCUCCAGUCCCCAACCAAGCUCAGCGCCAGCGGGGAGGACUCCACCAUCCCACAAGCCAGCCGGCUCAAUAACAUCGUUAACAGGUCCCUGACGGGCUCUCCCCGCAGCAGCAGUGAGAGCCACUCACCGCUCUACAUGCACCCGCCGAAGUGCGCGUCCUGUGGCUCUCAGUCCCCACAGCAUGCAGAGAUGUGCCUGCACACUGCCGGACCCACGUUCCCCGAGGAGAUGGGAGAGACCCAGUCUGAGUACUCGGAUUCCAGCUGUGAGAACGGAGCCUUCUUCUGCAAUGAGUGUGACUGCCGCUUCUCUGAGGAGGCCUCACUCAAGAGGCACACGCUGCAGACCCACAGUGACAAACCCUACAAGUGUGACCGCUGCCAGGCCUCCUUCCGCUACAAGGGCAACCUCGCCAGCCACAAGACUGUCCACACCGGUGAGAAACCCUAUCGUUGCAACAUCUGUGGGGCCCAGUUCAACCGGCCAGCCAACCUGAAAACCCACACUCGAAUUCACUCUGGAGAGAAGCCCUACAAAUGCGAAACCUGUGGAGCCAGAUUUGUACAGGUGGCCCACCUCCGUGCCCAUGUGCUCAUCCACACUGGCGAGAAGCCCUAUCCCUGUGAAAUCUGUGGCACCCGUUUCCGGCACCUUCAGACUCUGAAGAGCCACCUGCGAAUCCACACGGGAGAGAAACCUUACCAUUGUGAGAAGUGUAACCUGCAUUUCCGUCACAAAAGCCAGCUGCGACUUCACUUGCGCCAGAAGCAUGGCGCCAUCACCAACACCAAGGUGCAAUACCGCGUGUCGGCCACAGACCUGCCUCCGGAGCUCCCCAAAGCCUGCUGAAGCAUGGAGUGUUGAUGCUUUUUCCUCUCCAGCCCCUUCUCAGAAUCUACCCAAAGGAUACUGUAACACUUUACAAUGUUCAUCCCAUGAUGUAGUGCCUCUUUCAUCCACUAGUGCAAAUCAUAGCUGGGGGUGGGGGGUGUCGGGGGUCGGGGCCUGGGGGAUUGGGAGUCACGGCAGCUCCCCCUCCCCCACUGCCAUAAAACAUUAAGAAAAUAAUAUUGCUUCUUCUCCUAUGUGUAAGGUGAACCACGUCAGCAAAAAGCAAAAUCAUUUUCUAUGUCAAAGCGGGGAGUACGCAAAAAGUUCUGACUUGACUUUAGUCUGCAAAAUGAGGAAUGUAUAUGUUUCGUGGGAACAGAUGUUUCUUUUGUAUGUAAAUGUGCAUUCUUUUAAAAGACAAGACUUCGGUAUGUUAUAAAAGAGAGGGCUUUAAUUUUUUUAACCAAAGGUGAAGGAAUAUAUGGCAGAGCUGUAAAUAUAUAAAUAUAUAUAUAUAUAUAAAAUAAAUAUAUAUAAACCUAAAAAAGAUAUAUUAAAAAUAUAAAACUGCGUUAAAGGCUCGAUUUUGUAUCUGCAGGCAGACACGGAUCUGAGAAUCUUUAUUGAGAAAGAGCACUUAAGAGAAUAUUUUAAGUAUUGCAUCUGUAUAAGUAAGAAAAUAUUUUGUCUAAAAUGCCUCAGUGUAUUUGUAUUUUUUUGCAAGUGAAGGUUUACAAUUUACAAAGUGUGUAUUAAAAAAAAAAAAAAACAAAAAAACCCGCAGAAGGAAAA